AUGAAGGUUAGUACUUCUACCCAAUAAUAAAAUGCCGUUGUUAAAAAUAAAUUCAAAGAUAAAAAUUAUCUAGAACAUAAAUUAUAGAAAUUUCUUCCAAAAGUACUAGAAAUUAAUCUUAUUGCAAAAGAACUUAAACGAAAUAUUUCCUUAUAAGCUAAAAUUGCAUCAGAUAUUGAUAAUCAAACAAGCUCUUUAGAAUCUUAAACUUCUAAAAUAUAAAUUUAAGUUGAUAAUAGAGAAUUAGGUUAAGUCUAUAUUUGGGAUUAACCCAAGUUUAAUGAAAGAUAUUACUUAAUUAAAGAUUUGCUAGAAAAAUAUUUCGAAACAAACGAGCUUCCAGCCUUAAAUUCAUAAAACGACCCCUUUUAUGAUCCUCCAGAAGCACAUAUUAUUGGAAGUGGUUAUUUCAAGCUUUUAUAUUUAGCUUAUUUUAUGGAUUCUUAAAUUGAUUUAUCUUUAGUCGGGGAAAAUGGAUAAUGUGGUACUUUAAGUGUAAGUUUAAUUCCUUGUAAUGAAACAGGAGAUAAGAAUUUAGCUGAAGAAAUGGAAAAUGAGAAUUCAGAAAAUAUAAUAGAAGAACCAGGAUAAUUAUUAGGAAAAUAAUUAUAUUUUAAAAUAGUUAUCUCUAAGGCUUAAUUACCAGAACUUUUUUGUAGGGAUACAUAUGUAGAAUAUACACUUAUGAAUUAAUAGGGAAAAAUGGAAACUUAUUAAACUCAAAAAAUAAUAGGAAAAAAUUCUAAACCAAAUUAUAAUUAUUCAAAAAUACAUUCAUAUAGUUAUGUAACAGAAGAACAUUUAUAUUAUUUAUAAGAAAGGAAUCUAGUUUUUAAAGUUCUAGGAUUAGAAGAAAUAAAAGGAGAAAAAUUAAUAUAAACUUAAAUUCCUGUUGAGGAGGAAAUAGAAUUCGCUAAUAAUGCUUUAUUAUAAUAAACUCAAAAACCAUAAAAUAAAGAAGAUUGUAACAUUUUUUGA